GUGGUAUUCGUUGGUACUAAGCCAGACCCUGCCGGAAGUUGCCCGAUCCCAUGAUGCCUUCUCUCUCUUUCCGGUACACCAAAAAGUCAAGACGACAGUAACUAAUUUUACCAGAAAGACAUCCAAGUAAUCGACGCCAAGAAACGUCUUGGAAAAGACAGAUGUCCAGUGAUGAUGAUAGCACUGGGGGCAGCCCGAAGAGGAGUUGGGCUGCCGAGGAAAAGAAAGAAGAGAGAGAGGUAAGCCCCAGGGGACGACACCAAAAUAGGGUCCCCUCAGUUGAAAGGGGUAUCCCAAACCAGGGAGAGCCCAAGGCCCAAGGUGGGGAAGCUGAGGUUCCAGGAAAAGCCAUCUCUGGGGACCACCGGGACUCCUCCCCAAAGGCUGGAGACACAAGUCUAGAGUGGGGUUCUGGGGCAGUCAGGAACACCAGGGAUGGGAGCCGCAGUUCCCGGGGAAGGGCUCGGUCAGGCAGUAGGGAGGGUACAGUUAGGGACCCCAGUGGAGGAAGGAGCCGCUGUUCCGUUUCCAGGAGCACUCCAGGGGCCGCUGUCCCGAUGGCUAGGGGCACCCCUGUGGGCAUUCCAGCCGACCGGAAUGCUCACAGCGCGCCUCCACUGGGUAGGGGUUUUCAGGGUAGUAAGGAAACUACACAGGAGAGGAAGAGGAGGAGGAAUAAGCAGAAAGAACGCCAGGCAGGAGAAAUGGCCAGACUGCAGAGAGCCCUCAGAGAGGCCCAAGAGAGGCGGGCACCCCAGUCCGGAGCCAGGGAUGGAGCAGGGAUGUCCGCACAGAGCUCAUUCCGGGGAGGAGGAAGAAGGGGGACAGGGGUGUCGUGGCAAGGGAAACCCCAACGUGGCUAUACGUCCAAGGUGACAGGGGUGUCAGGACAGAGGACACCCCUGAACUACUACACAGGGAGAAAGAUUGGGGUGUCAGGCUAUGAGACACCUCAAGAAAAACAUCAAGCACGGGAGACUGGGGUGUCAAGUCAAAGGACACCCCAAUCAGACUACCAGCGGAGGGAGACUGGGGUGUCAGGCCAGAGGACACCCCAAGGAAACCACCAAGCCAGGGAGACUGGGGUGUCAAGUCAGAGGACACCCCAACCAGACUACCAGCUGAGGGAGACUGGGGUGUCAGGCCAGAGGACACCCCAAGGACCUACACCGCCAAGGGAGAGCCACCUCCCCACCCUACAGCAGUGCCCCAUCCAGGGUUGCCCCAUAAGGGCAUUGGAUAUUCAGCCACAUGUGAUGCUGGAACAUGUGGCUGAAGUAUUCAGAGAAUCAUCCGAUCCAUCCGAAAGGGCUUCCCUUGCACCAAUCAGGGUAGCAGCGCUACAAGCACAGGCCUGGAUGCUAGUGGGUGGGGACCUAGAGGAUUUGGUUACCCACAUUAAUAGGCUGGCAAUAACCCGACCCCACAUCAUUGGGCAGGCAGUCCAGGGCCAGAUGGAAGAAGUAUGCCUGGAAGGGGGACGACCAGUUCCCCCAUACUUUUCGACAGCGCCGGUUAACUCUCCUGGAGCCCUCAUUGACUGGAGGGUCCAGGCAGCCAUAAUGGGAGAGUUGGGAGAUAGGGCAGAGGCAUUCAGGGGAAUGUUUAGGUUGCAAGGACCCAGGGCAGCCACAGGGUCCCCAGCAGGCCAGCUAGGACAGGCAGAGGGGGGAAUAGAUCCUUUGAGGUCCCCCUCCGACUCCCCUCCAGGGAAAAAAUUAUUUGUGGAAAACCUGAGUGCAAUCGGUUGA